GACAAUGUGUAGUGUCCUCCAGGUUGUAGUGAAAGUUAUUAUAUUACAUAGUUUUCUUUUAGUAAGUAGUUCCACUUGUAAUAGUAACCACACCAGAGUACCACGCAGCAACAGCUGUACUCUUCCACAACACCCACAAUUUGGUCGAUGGACCAUCUACGACGCUUCUACCCAACUGUCUCCUGGAAAGUCAGUACCAGAACGAACAAUCUUAGAAAUAAGUUGCAACAAGAAAUAUAGACUAGACGGUGAUGAUUUCACUACUUGUAUCCGAGGGACGUGGAAACCCGAAAUUGGACACUGUUUACAGACGUGCCCCACGAUAAGCAACACUUUGGCGAUGACAGUAACUUGCAGCCGUAACUUCCAAACACUGAAAUCUUGUGCCAAUGUUUUUGACAACACAAUGGCUCGCUUUCAUUGUGCUCGCUAUUUCGAGUUCCAGACUCUGGAGGCAGGCCCGGUUCGACUGUGCUCCAACGGGAACUGGGUUGGGAGUUUACCCACGUGCGUACCCAUAUGCGGCCAACCGUCUCCUGUAGUAGAUCCUACAUUAAUUGUUGGAGGAACUGAAGCCGAAAGAGGCAAAUAUCCAUGGCAGAUCGCUUUGUAUGACGCUAAGAGCAAAAUCUUACUUUGUGGUGGGACCCUAUUGAAUCAAAGAGUCGUCUUAACAGCGGCACAUUGUAUAACAGAUGGUAAGGCUCAACUAGCACCAAAAGAAAAUUAUAUAGUGGCAGCUGGAAAAUAUUUUCUGCGGUACGAUCAUCCCGACGAUGCUAACAACACACAGUUUUCUUCUGUACUCGAAAUGUUUAUUCCGGUGAGGUAUAAAGGACACGCUCGACAGUAUGCUGACGAUAUUGCGAUUAUAAUCACGACACAAAUCUUUGAUCUUUCUAUCAACGUUCGACCUAUAUGUGUCAUAUGGGAGAUGUCACGAUAUAAAGAGCUAUUAGACUCUACUAAAACAAAACGUGCUUAUGUGAGCGGUUGGGGUUACACUCGUGAGUUCACAGGUCGUCCUGAUGUUCUCAAAGAGUUAGAAGUUCCUCUCAUUAGUGAUCAGCAAUGCAUUGAGGGACUACCCGAAGACGAUACCGAAUAUGUGACUGGCGAUAAGUUCUGUGCUGGUUUUUUAAAUUCAAGUACUUCUGUGUGUAAAGGUGACAGUGGUGGAGGUCUAGUAACCAAACGUGACAAACGCUAUUACAUUAUUGGAAUUGUGAGUCUUUCACCUCGAGGAAAUUCACAACAUGGUGGCUGCAACAGCCAACUAUACACUCUUUAUACCAAAUUUUCCUCCCACAUUGACUUUGUACUAGAGAACGAAGCCAAAUUUAGACCUCGUUUCGAUUGUCCAGUUAUUUCGGAUUGUAACAAUAUCACACUGACUACGGAGGCGCCACCAACAACAAUUGCAACAGUUACAAACUCGUCAAACGGUGGCUGCAUUUUACCGAAUCAUCCAGAAUUUGGCAAAUGGAGCGUUCCCGGAUCAAAGACACUUCAACCUGGAGUGUUAGUAGCAACAGGAACUCGUCUCAACGUACAGUGUGACAAACAUUUCAAACGUGAAGGUCCGCGGGUGAUAAGUUGUAGGAACAGCAAGUGGUCCCGGGUUCCAAAAUGUCUGAAAGUUUGUCCAGCAAUAGUUAGUACACCAAUUAUGCAAGUCAAAUGCACUUACAAAAGCAAAGAAAGAGAAAAUUGUACCGGAGCUGUGGAAGGUACUCUCGCCAAAUUUCGCUGUGCUGACUUUUACGAAGACGUGCAGCUGAAAAGUAGACCCCCUCAGAUCUGCGUCAACGGGGAGUGGAGUCAGCAAAAUCCCCAAUGUGUACCAGUGUGCGGGCAAAAACUGGCCACAAAUUCAACUACUAAUGCGUCUGCCCCUAGCAGCGUAGAUUACCCUUGGCACGUAACCAUAUACAACACACAAAACGAAAAUCGAAUAAUUUGUAGCGGAUCUCUUUUAAGUGAAAGAGUCAUUCUUACAGCCGCAAGUUGCGUCACUGAUUCAAAAGGAAAUUUAGGAUCUAAGGAACAUUACGUGGUAGCUGUUGGGAAAGAUUACAAGCAAUUCAACGACGACAGAGAUGUUGGGGCUCAAUCGUCUCAAGUGCACGCCAUUUUUAUUUCCAGUGAAUACAACCGUGACAGUGGAGACAGUGAUAUCGCUAUUUUAGUCACAAAAAAAACUUUUAUAUUGAGGAAGAACGUUCUACCGGUUUGUUUAGACGUCGGCCAAAACCACAAACCUCCAAAGAAUCAACCAGUUUAUAUCAGUAGUUGGGAUCGGCGGAACCUCAAUUCUACCAGUUUUCUGAAAGAAGAAAAUAGUCGUUCUCUUUCUCACUCCGAGUGCAGAAAUUGUAUGCAUAAAGAUUUUCAUUUCUUUUUAACACCCGACAAACUAUGUGUGCCUUGUUUAAGCAAUGAAGGCAGGUGCUUUUACAACCCCGGUAGUGCUGUGGUGUACCAGCACGACGACAAGUACUACGUGACUGGUGUUGUUAAUUCCGAAUUUGUUAACUUGGAUUCAAACCAGUGUGAUAUUGAGGAUUUUAUGCUUUACACAGAUAUUUCGCGUUAUAUGAAUAGUUUUAUUUUAACAAAAUUGUCUACACAUUAAACAUAACAUGUAGCUUUAGUUAAGUUAGCAGUGGAACAAAUAUAUACCUAUAUUUUUAUAACGAA